CGCCAAUUUUCUCUCUCUCCUCUGUUUUUUUUUUAUUCUCCUUCUCUCUCCUCUCUCUCUCUCUCUCUCUCUCCGUGUUUCUCUCUCUAGCCCCUCUUUGAAAACGAAAUCGAACUGCAAUUUUUGCGUCUCUAACAAAACGGAUCCCAAACAAUAAACUGAACCCUAACCCUAGAAAACGGGGCUUAUCCUCUUCUUCUUCUUCUUCGUUCCUUCAUUUCUCUCUCUCCGUUUUCGAUUGGGUUCGUUCCUCACUUUCUCUCCACUGGUGCAUGCGUUAGGGUUUCGAAUUUGAUGAUGGAAUGCUCUCGUUAUUGUGUUUGUGGUUGUUGCCGGCGAUGACCGAGGACCGAUGUUACCGGAGGAAGACCAUGGCGGGGGAAGAGGACGACGUUGUUGCCGCUGAGAGGCCGUUACCGGCGCGGCGGCCGGAGAUUCAUGACGGCGGCGGAGGCUCCGCCGCGUUGAGGAUGGAUUAUUUUUCGCAGGCGAGGAAAGCGCUUAGCGAGCGGUCGCCUUUUGAUUUGCCCGGGGAACCGUCAACUUCUGCGGUGGUUACUCUGCCGAGUGGGCUGGCGAGUUUGCUGAACCGUCAUGGUGAUAGCCGGAGGCGGCACAAGAAGUCUCAGUCUGGUGGCGGUGAGAAGAAGAAGAAGAAGUCGUCUAGGGCGAACGACAAGUCGCGAGUUCGCAACAUUUGGGUGGAGACUGAGGAGUAUUUCAGGGACCUUACAUUGGCUGAUAUUGAUACAUUGGUUGAGUUAUCUUCGUGUUCUAGUUUAGCUUCUCGUGAGUGUUUCACUAUUCCGCGUUUGGGUGGUGCUAAGAGGUUCAAUGUGGUUAGUACUAGUUGUGUGGAUGAAAAGAACCCUGCUCCAACGGGAUUCAAUAUAGUUAGUUGUGAGGAAGGUAAGAAGGAUGGCGAAGAAUUGAAAAAUGAGGACGGUUUGUUGGGAGUUGAGUCGAUUGACAAUGUCGUUGCUGCUGAGACCGCUUUGCCUCAGGAUGACAAGAAUGGAAAUGCUUCUGAUUCUUGUGUUAGUUUAGAGUGGUUUUUAGGUUGCAGGAAUAAGGUUUCUUCAACUACUGAGCGCCCUCGCAAGAGAAGGAAGCUUUUGGGUGGUGAUGCUGGUUUGGAGAGAGUUUUGAUGACUAGUCCAUCUGAUGGGAACCAGCCAUUUUGUCAUUAUUGUGGCAAGGGGGACAUUGGCACUGGCAGAGAGUCUCACAGGUUAAUCGUCUGCGCUUCUUGUAAAGUUGCAGUUCAUCGAAAGUGCUAUGGUGUGCAAGAUGAAGAUGUAGAUGAGUCUUGGUUGUGCUCUUGGUGUAAGCAAAAGGGUGAUGUUGGUGACUCCGUGAAUCCUUGUGUUCUUUGCCCAAAGAAGGGAGGCGCUUUAAAACCACUUAAUAGCAGCGGGGAAGGUGAUGGGUCUACCCAGUUUGUGCACUUGUUUUGUUGUCUGUGGAUGCCCGAGGUCUAUGUAGAUGAUUUGAAGAAGAUGGAACCUGUUAUGAAUGUGGGAAGCGUCAAAAAAACCCGGAGUAAAUUAGUAUGUAAUGUUUGCAAAAUGAAGUGUGGCACAUGUGUUCGAUGUAAUCAUGGAGCCUGCAGAACAUCUUUCCAUCCUCUAUGUGCAAGGGAAGCUAGACAGAGAAUGGAGGUUUGGGCAAAGUAUGGUAAUGACAAUGUUGAGUUGCGGGCAUUUUGCUUGAAACACUCAAAUCUACAAGAGGAUAGAAGUAUCUUGCCACUGGGAGGCCGCUCUAUUGCAGCUGGCGGUGACUUUUCAGAAGCCAAUGACCUUCCAGUAUCACUGCCAGUGAGCAGUGAACACAAUGUGAAAAUUGUUUGUGAUAAUGGAGGGUUAGUGUCUAAUAGUAUUCCAGACAAGUUGAACCAUAAUGGUGUACCGCCUGAUGAUGGUGCUUUUCCACAACAUGAUAUUGGAGUUACAGGGAAAACUAAUGAGCAUGUUGAUGGAUCUGACUCCCUCAGUUUUGUCCUUGUUUUGAAGAAGUUGAUAGAUAGAGGAAAAGUUGACGUAAAAGAUGUAGCCUUGGAGAUUGGCAUUUCAUCAGAUGCAUUGGCUGCAAAUAUCAAUGAAGCAUGUAUGGACCCUGAUGUGCAACACAAGAUAGUCAAUUGGCUAAAAGCCCAUGUACAUACUAGUGCAUUUCAGAAAGGUUUAAAAUUCAAAUUGAAACCAGCCAAUGCAUUCAACGAUGAAAAUGCAGCCCAAGAUGGUUCUGAUACUUUACCAAUAUCAGAUUCAGGUUUACUGGAUCCAGUUGCUGUUAAGUCAGUGCCACCAAGGAGAAGAACUACCAGUAAUAUUAGGGUUUUGAAUGAUGAUAAAGUAAUAUGUUCAUCUGAGGGAGUUGCUAGUGAGAAUGGGAUGCCAAUUGAUAAGUUCGGAGUAGGUCAUCCUGACAGUGAAAAUCCAGGAAGUUCCAAUGAAGAAUCCAUUCAUGAUGCCACUGGAAUGAAUACAACCAAGUCUGAGGAUACUUUUCAAGAAGUUCAAGUCAAUCUUGAUGAACACUUCAAAUCCAGCUUGUCUGGUUGUUUUUCAGAAGAAAAGUCUACUGUCUGCUUGCAGAAUGCCUUGAUGAUUUCUGAUCAGCACUGUCCUGGACAUUCUGCAUCAGAACCACCUGAUUCUGGUUUCAUAAAGAUCGAAGCAAUGUCUAGUUACAUUCACCCGCAGAUCAACAAGAAAUUGCUGCGGGUUCGUGAUGGGUUGCCCUUGGAGGAUGUUGUAGGUUCAAGUGACAAGGGAAAUUCUUCUUUCAUAGAAUCCUCUGGUGCUAGUGGCUGCUCAAGUAGCCAAGAUCUCGAAUUAACUUGUAGUGACAAAUCCGAGCCUGAUCGAGUAAAGAUGGACCAGUUGGCUAGGGAUGAAAAAGUGGGACUUUGGGAUUUUUCUCCAGAAGAUGAAUUGGAGGGGGAACUUAUAUAUUUUCAGCAUAAAUUGUUGCAAAAUGCAGUUGCAAAAAAGAGGCUUACUGAUAACUUGAUCUACAAUGUUGCUAAAAGUCUGCCACAGGAUAUUGAUAAUGCACAUCAGCAAAGAUGGGAUGCUGUUACUGUUAAUCAAUAUCUACGUGAUCUUCGGGAGGCAAAAAAGCAGGGAAGGAAAGAAAAGAGGCACAAGGAGGCACAGGCCGUAUUGGCUGCUGCAACUGCUGCUGCAGCAGCAUCUUCCAGAGUCUCUUCUUUCCGAAAAGACACCUUAGAUGAAGCCGUUCAACAUGAGAAUCUCAUAAAGUUGGAUACUUCAAGUGGGCGGACUGGUGCUUGUUCGCAGCCAAUGCCACGAGCAAAAGAGACACUUUCAAGAGUAGCUGUGACAAGAACUUCAUCUGAUAAAUAUUCAGAUUUUUGCCCACCAACCUCAGACUUUUCUAAGGAGCAACGUAAAUCAUGUGAUAUCUGCAGAUUAUGUGAGACUAUGUUAAAACAUAUCCUAGUCUGCUCUGGUUGUAAGGUUGCAGUGCACUUGGAUUGCUAUCGUAGUGUGGAAGGAACAAUGGGUCCUUGGUACUGUGAAUUAUGUGAAGAGUUAUCAUCUAGAAGUUCCGGGGGAUCUGCUAUAAAUUUCUGGGAGAAGCCUUAUUUUGUCGCAGAAUGUGCUCUAUGUGGAGGUACUUCUGGUGCCUUUAGGAAGUCUUCGGAUGGUCAAUGGGUUCAUGCCUUCUGUGCUGAGUGGGUGUUUGAGUCUACAUUCAAAAGAGGACAAAUAGAUGCUGUUGGAGGACUGGAGACUGUGCCAAAAGGCGUCGAUAUGUGUUGUAUCUGCCGCCGGAAGCAUGGUGUAUGCAUGAAGUGUUGCUUUGGCCAUUGUCAGACCACAUUCCAUCCAUCCUGUGCUAGAAGUGCUGGUUUGUUCAUGAAUGUGAGGACUGUUGGUGGCAAGCUGCAACACAAAACUUAUUGUGAAAAGCAUAGUUUGGAGCAGAAGGCAAAGGCUGAAAGUCAAAAACAUGGAAUAGAGGAAUUAAAAAGUCUCAAGCAUAUUAGGGUUGAACUUGAGAGAUUACGUCUCCUUUGCGAAAGAAUUGUCAGACGUGAAAAAACUAAGCGGGAAUUGGUUCUAUGCUCACAUAAAAUACUUGCCUUUCGAAGAGAUGAGGCUGCUAGGUCAGUGCUGGUUCGUGGUCCUUUCGUCCUUCCAGAUGGUAGUUCUGAAUCAGCUACGACAUCCCUUAAAGCAAACACAGAGGGAUACAGAUCGUGUAGUGAAGCACUCCAAAGAUCAGAUGACAUAACUGUUGACAGCUCAGUUUCUGCUAAGCAUCGUGUCAGAGUUGCCGUAUCCAUGGACACAGACCCAAAAUUGGAUGAUGAUUGCUCAACCUCUCAGAGUCGCUAUAACCACCACAAGAUUCCAGAGAGGAUGCAAUUUGCGGGCAAACAGAUUCCUCAUAGAGCUUCUGCUACAUCACGGAAUAUUUCAGAUGAGGGUGGAUGGAUACCCCCCAAAUCUAGAAAGUCUUCUGAGACAUUUGGAAAAGAGAUUAUUAUGACCUCAGAUGAAGCUUCUAUGAAGAACUCAAGGCUACCUAAAGGAUAUGCAUAUGUUCCUGCUGAUUGCCUGUCAAAUGACAAGCAGUCUAAAGAGGAUACAUAUGCUGAUGAACCAGUGGAUCAUGACAGAUAGAUGUUGGCUCCCAUCCUGGUUUUUCUAUUUUGCCGUCGAGGCUGAAAUCCACAACAUCCGAUGCCAUGCCAUUUUUGCAAGUGGAGUUAUUUUGGAAUGGCGAAAUAUUGAGACUGGGCUUCUGGUCCCUGUCUCAUUGCAGAACGUUACAUUCAGCUCUGUCGAGGGUAAGUUUUGUUAGCGUUGUUGUACAUUCGUUAUUUGAGUAAAAGCUGUACAGUGGAUGAGCAUUUACUUGUAUUGGAAAGAGUAUGAUGUAUACAUUUCGUGGAAGGGCGAAAGAAGCAUUUCCUUCAUAUAGCCACCAUAAAAGGGAAGAUAAGGAAAUAACCAGAGUUUUAUGUAAAGCUAAUGUACAUAAUAAUGACAGGCGUGUUAGUUCUGAAAGGGAUCCAUCGUGCUUGGCAUCAGAUUCACCGAGCAUAUAAAUUGUUGUAAACUUCCACCUCCUUCGAAAUUUCUUAUACUGCAUUUCAAUUGAGUAUAAACGCUGAUUGUCAUUUGUAGUCAUUGUAACUGCCAAAUCCCAUAAUUUGUCAAUGUAGUUAACGAUUACUGAGAUCUAUUUCAUUUUUCAUUGCUGAUAA